CAAGGGAAGCUAAAAAUUAAGGGAACUUCUUUCCAAUUCUCCUUCCAAUUACUGUAAUAAGAAUGGGUAGCCGUAGUAUGUCUAAUGCUUCAAAAAUAUGGAAGCAGUUGAGCGGGCAGGAUAAGUGGAAGAACAUGCUGGAACCUCUCAACAUUGACCUCCGGCGAUACAUUAUCCACUACGGCCAAAUGGCUCAGGCGACAUACGAUGCCUUCAACUCGAACAAGGCGUCGAAGUAUGCUGGAAGCUGCCGGUAUGGGAGGUCGGAUUUCUUCUCUAAGGUGGGUAUGGAGAUAUCUAAUCCAUACAAGUAUGAGGUGACCAAGUUCCUCUAUGCCACUGCCUCAGUAGAUGUGCCAGAUGGUUUCUUAUUGAAGUCUUUGUCAAGGGAGGCAUGGAGCAAGGAAUCAAAUUGGAUAGGUUAUGUUGCUGUGGCUACUGAUGAAGGGAAGGAAGUUUUGGGAAGGAGGGAUAUAGUGGUUGCAUGGAGGGGAACACAGCAGCGUAUGGAAUGGGCCAAUGAUUUAAACUUCAUCUCGGUCUCUGCUAGACCCAUUUUUGGGCUGGGUUGCGGCGAUGCUGAGGUGCAUCAGGGCUGGUACUCUAUGUAUACUUCAGCUGAUCCACACUCUCCUUACAAUAAGUCCAGUGCAAGAACUCAGGUAUUGGCUGAGGUGAGAAGACUAGUAGAAAAAUUCAAGGAUGAAGAGAUCAGCAUAACUAUAACAGGUCACAGCUUGGGAGCAGCGCUUGCAACACUAAAUGGAGUAGACAUAGUUUCAAAUGGAGUGAACAAGCCAAAGGACCAACCCAACAACGCCUGCCUAGUAACAUCCUUCGUCUUCGCCAGCCCCCGCGUUGGGGAUGCUAACUUCCGGAAGUUCUGCUAUGGAUUAGAUGACCUCCGACAGUUGCGCAUCCGCAACGUCCCUGACGUUGUCCCCACCUACCCGCUCUUGGGCUAUUGCGGUGUUGGACAGGAACUAGUGAUCGACACUCGGGAGUCUAAUUACUUGAAGAGUCCCGGCAAUGUUUUAAGUUGGCAUAGCUUGCAGGCGUACAACCAUGGUGUUGCUGGCACACAAGGGGCCAAAGGAGGUUUCAAGCUAGAAAUUGAUCAUGAUAUUGCACUCUUGAACAAGUCUAUGGAUGCGUUGAAGGAUGAAUAUCUUGUACCUGUUUCAUGGUGGGUUGAGAAGAAUAAGGGGAUGGUUCAAGAUACUAAUGGUUCUUGGAAAUUAAUAGACCAUCAAGGAGAGAUUGAUGUUGGGCUUUGACCGUUCAUCUGACAUAUUCAGUGUGGGUUGCAGCUGCAACAACUACUUCUUCUAAUUGGGAUGCUGCUCUACUAUUCAUUCUUCAUGAUGUUAAAUGGGAUUCUCAAUUGAGACCUAGAUAUAGAUUUUGUUAAGAAAAAUGCCUUUUUUCCAUUCAAUUGGGUUACUUCUCUGUUAAUGGCCAUACCGAAUAUGGAGAUGUAAUUCAAUGAUAAUGUUCUCCCUCUAUUCUUUUUUUUUUCUUAAUAAAUUUUUAUUGUUGAUUCUUGACAAAUAAAGAAGAUAUAUUUUCAGUA